CAUUUGGACAUGCAGCUGACCGGCAAGCUGGUGCUGUCCGCAGCUGCCCUGCUCCUGGUGACCGCAGCCUACAGGCUGUACAAGUCGAGGCCUGCCCGAGCCCCACUGUGGGGCAGAAACACCAAGGCCAAGGCCGAGGAGGAGGCAGAGGGCUCUGGGCAGCCUGAAGUCCAUGGCGCUGCUCCUGGGACGACCCACCGGGGGCUGAGAUGCCGGAGCGGAAGCAAGGGGUCCGGAGUACUGUGGGGCUGCAGCUGGGAGAAUCCGGGGGGCUCCCCCGUCCUGGCAACGGGAGCCUCUUCCAGCGACUUGGAGGCCGGAGAGACUUGGAAGCCGGAGAGGAAAGGAGCUGGGGAGGAUCGGGGUGGGCGGUGCCUGGAGUCCGGCCUGGCACCUCCUGGCGCUGUUGGCGGUAAGCCCGAGCUGCCCCACUGCCCCCAUCUGGCCACUGAACCCAAAAGCUCCCCAGCUGCCCUCGCUGCGGUGGACGGCAGCGGUGUGAGGGGUGAGCCUGCUCCCUGGAGGGACGGUGGGCUCCCCGGGCACACGGGGACUGGGGAGCAGGGGUCCCCCCACCAGCCCUGGAUGGCCCACUCGGAAGACAAGAACAACAUGAACAAGAGCUGGGUCUUCACCCGCGUGACGGGGGCCUGCAGGGCAGAGGCUGGGGCUCUCCAGGCUGCCUCAGACAUGGGCCUGGCCCUGCAUCAGCAGGAAGGGGCCACCAAUGCCUCCUACACCUUCUCAUCGGUGGCCCGGGUUAGAGUAGAGGAGAAUUUCAUACAGGAGAGGGUGGCGGGGAUCGGGCCCAGGCUGCAGGGCAAGGUGUACGAGUACUAUGUCGAAUCUACCUCCCAGGCCACCUCUGGAGGCAGGCUGGCCCCCAGGACAGCAGCCCUGGCUGAGGCUCCACCUCCUGUGCCAAGCCCCCUGGGAACAGGAACAGUCCCCAGAGGCCAUGACAAUGACGGAGAAGGUAGAGCCGAUCCAGCCGCCUCCUACCAGCCUGUGCUGCCGGCCCCCGGGCAAGGCUUCAGCAGGAAGGAGAGCCUCCUUCAGAUCGUGGAGAACCCCGAGCUGCAGCUGCAGCUCCACGGCUUUGGGAGCCCCACUCCGUCCUGCGCAGACCACAGUGCCCCAUCCAGCUGCCCCACGUCCACAUCCGGGGAGUCUCUGGAGUCCAGCUUAGCAGGAAGCAGCGGGGAGCCCAACCUGGAGCUCGUGGCUGGGACCAGUUUCUUCCACCUCCCUCUCACCCCAGGUUCGGUCCCAGAUGUCCACCUGGAUCUGGGCAAUUGCUACGAGGUAUUGACCUUGGCCAAGAAGCAGAACCUGAAGGCUCUGAAGGAGGCGGCCUACAAGGUGAUGAGUGACAACUACCUGCAGGUCCUGCGCAGCCCGGACAUCUACGGGCUCCUGAGCGGGGCGGAGAGGGAGCUGAUCCUUCAGCGACGGCUGCGGGGCCGCAAGCACCUGGUGGUGGCCGACGUGGGCUCCCAGGAAAACUCGAGCCGCCUCUGUUGCUAUGAUGAGGAACAGGAUGCCUGGCACCUGCUGGCCCCUCUGCCCCCAGAGGCUGUGUCCCGCGGCUGUGCCGUCUGCAGCCUCUUCAAUUAUGUCUUUGUGGUGUCGGGCUGCCAGGGGCCCGGGGGCUGGCCCUCCAACCGAGUCUUCUGCUACAACCCUCUGACCGAGAUCUGGAGUGAGGUGUGCCCGCUGAACCAAGCCCGGCCGCACUGCCGGCUGGUGGCCCUGGACGGGAACCUGUACGCCAUUGGGGGCGAGUGUCUGAACACGGUCGAGCGCUAUGACCCGCGCCUGGACCGCUGGACCUUUGCCCCGCCGCUCCCGAACGACACCUUCGCCCUGGCGCACACAGCCACGGCAUGCGGCGGGGACAUCUUCGUCACGGGCGGCACGCUGCGCUACCUGCUGCUCCGCUUCUCGGCCCAGGCGCAGCGCUGGCAGGUUGGCCCCACGGCGGGCGGCAAGGACCGAACAGCCGAGAUGGUGGCUGUCAAUGGCUUCCUCUACCGCUUCGACCUCAACCGCAGCCUGGGCAUCGGCGUGUACCGCUGCAGUGCCAGCGCCCGUCUCUGGUACGAGUGCGCCACGCACCGGAGGCCCUGCCCGGACGCCUUCCGGUGCGCGGCGGUGGGCAGCCUCAUAUACUGCGUGGGGCGCCGGCACACGCUCCUCUUCCUGGCCGACAACGUCUCCCCCAGGUUUGUGCCCAAGGAGCUGCAGAGCUUCCCUUCCCCUCAGGGCACCCUCCUGCCCACCGUCCUGACCUUGCCCGGCCCCAAUGUGCCUCAGACCAGGGUCUAGCUGCCCCCCU